AUGAGCCGCGUGUUGGCUGAAUUCUCUGUUGAGUAUUCUGGACCAGCUUUCAUUUGCUCCAUCCUCAUCAUGUUAUGCUCAUACGCCUACCCUUGCGUUUCCAAAGACGACCAGCCAUUCGAUCCUCUGGGACAGAUCUUGGAGAUCCGUAGACUGCUUGCUGGUUGCGCCUUUUUUUUCCACCAACUCGGUAAGAUGGAGCAUCCAGGCGAACUAGCGGGAUGGUUACGAUACAAAGACGCCGAGGAUUUAGAAGAAGAGCUUCCAAAAGAUGGCGUUCCUGGUGAGGUGCGAGGCCUGGAAUACCUUCACAAGAAGUAUGGUUCUCUUCCAUGGUCGACCAUCAUGCAGCCAGCCAUCCAGACAGCCCGUCAAGGUUUCCCGGUUGGUCGUGAUCUCGUUCGUUAUAUGAACUCGGCCGUCGGGGAUGGGGAAGACUUCCUGUCUAAGGAUCCGACAUGGGCUAUUGACUUUGCCCCUAAUGGAACUCGUCUCGGUCUUGGAGAUACCAUCACCCGUAAACGCUACGCAGACACGCUGGAGACAAUUGCCAACAACGGCCCGGAUGCUUUUUAUACCGGUCCAAUUGCGGAAACCAUGAUACAGGCGCUGCAAGCUGCGAACGGCACAAUGACGCUAGAAGACCUACGUAACUACACCAUUGCUAUCCGAGACACCUCGCAGAUUGACUAUCGAGGGUAUAGAGUUAUUGGAACUAGCGCGCCAUCCAGCGGCACUGUCGCCUUGAACAUCCUUAAGGUUUUGGAUACUUACGACAGCUUCAUGGUACCCGACAACGUAAAUCUUAGCACGCAUCGUUUGGAUGAAGCUAUACGUUUCGGAUAUGGACUGAGAACCGAACUAGGUGAUCCGUACUUCCUCGAAGGAUUAGAUGAAUACCAGAAAGAUAUGCUGGAACAGUCGACUAUUGAUGAGAUUCGUGGGAAAAUUUCCGACUUGCACACACAGAACGUGUCUGCUUAUGAUCCUAAAGGCCUCGAGAGCCUUGACACCCCCGGAACGUCGCAUAUCGCUGCUGUUGAUCAUACUGGACUUACUAUUUCCACUAUCACAACCAUCAACUUGCUUUUCGGCAGUAAAGUCAUGGUGCCAGAGACGGGAAUAAUUAUGAACAAUGAAAUGGAUGACUUCUCAACACCCGGCUCGUCCAACGCAUUUGGAUACGUCCCAUCGGAGGCGAACUUCAUUCGACCCGGGAAGCGACCUCUGUCUUCUAUUACUCCAACCAUUGUGACGCAUCAGAAUGGAUCUGUCUUCUUCGUUGCAGGUUCGGCUGGGGGUAGUCGAAUCAUUACAGCGACUGUACAGAACAUCAUCCAUGCUGUCGAUGAGGGCUUGUCGGCAGCCGAGGCUUUGGCUAGACCACGUCUUCACGAUCAAUUGAUCCCCAAUCAGGUCAGAUUCGAGUAUACCUACAACAAUGAGACGGUUGCUUUCAUGAAAUCUCUAGGUCACAAUGUGACCUGGGUCGCUCCAGGAGACAGCACUGCGCAAGCAAUCCGGGUACUACCGAACGGAACGUUCGAUGCCGCUGGGGAGCCUAGGCAGCUUGACUCUGGUGGUUUCGCGGUCUGA